UAAAAGUUUAAUGUUUUGUAAAAAUAUUCAAAACAUAAUUUAAUUAUAAGUACGGACAUUUUACUCUGUAUCUUACUGUGAACAUAACUGUGACACCCUUGUAUGGAUAGCACGUGUAUAGCUUCUGGUGUCAGAUUUCAAUCAUGGUUCGAUACUGGUGUUCAUUGGAUCCUAGAAAUAUUUGACUCAUGCCUGUCAUUGGUUUUCAAAUUAAUUUAAAGAAAGAUGUAAUCUCAUUUUAUCCAAAUAUAUAUAUAUAAGUUACAUUAUCUGAUUUAUAUCUGAUCGAUUCAUGCGCUGUCUGACUGUUACUUCUGACAGUUUAUAAUUGACUAAGAUAUGUCCGUACUUCCGCUAAACAAUCUGAUUUGAACUAUCCACGAGCAGCAAGACAUUUAGAAAAAAUAUUUCAUUUGAAGUGAAGACACGAAAGUGGGAUACAUAAAGCGUUAAGAAUGAGCCAUGUCUAGUCGCCACUAACAGAACAAAACAAAACAAUAACAUUGAUUUAGACGAUUGUGUACCCUAUCUAUUAGUUGAUAGAAAACCUGACACAAUGGCGACCUAUCAAAGAGAUCCCGAUGAAACCGAAAGAAAGCAAUACUUGUCAGAUAGCAGUGGUCAAAGAGAGGACGAACCUAAGUUGGAAAGUGGGAGUGGCUUCUCUGUCGUGGAUUCUGAGAUAAUUUAUGGCAGUCUUACUAGCAACAACAGUGGAAUUUGCACCAUUUACAACACCGAAUUUCGAUGCUCACCGUGUCAGCGGGAAGGUACGAUAGAGCAGGCCGACGCAUUUUGUCGCGACUGUGAAGAAUAUUUCUGUGAUACGUGUCUGAGGCAACAUAACAGGAUGAGGCUCUUCAGCGCCCAUGUUCUUUUCAAUAAGAAGGAUUUGGAGAGGACGGCGAUCCGACCCAACAAGAUUACUGUCCCGUCGAAGAAAUGCAUGAAGCACCAUGGUUCACUUAUGACCGUUUAUUGUGAGACCCACAAAACUGUCUGCUGUGCUAUAGGAGCGGCAACAGGAGAACAUAAGGACUGUUCAAAGGUGGACAUCAGCAAAAGUUGUGAAAAUAUCGGCAAUGAUGAACGAUUCAAAGCAACAGUAAAAGAACUAAAAAAGUAUGCUAUAAAGCUAGAAGAGUUAAAGACGCAACUAGAUGGCGACAAAAGAUUGAACGAAGAAGAACGAGACCAUAUUACUGAGGUCAUAAGUGAUUACAGGGAGAGGUUCAACGAGCGGCUUGACCUUUUACAGGAAAAGUCUGAGGAAGAUUUGGCCAAACGUUUUUCAAAGAAAGAGAAAAUGAUAUUGGACAAUAUCGAGAUUGUCAAUGCAUGUCUUCGAGAGAUCCAACAAUAUCUGAACACCUACGACAACUUAAGACAAGUCGAAUGCGAGCUUUUUGUACAGUACAAGAAAGGAGAAGAUUAUGUUAACAAAUUGAAAGAGGAUUGGGGGAGUGUAUUUAGAUUAAACCGACGACAGCCUCUGGCCUUUACUUUAAACAGAAAAUUGGACAAGAUAUUUGGCAACCUGACAACUCGGGGAAAUAUGGAAGAUGACGUUGAUGUGAUGUUUAUUAACCCUCCUUCAGUUGCGGGCUUUGCAGUACCUGGUUUUGUUAAGGGGCACUAGACUUGAGUUUCUAAUAUAGGAGUCUAUAAACACGUACAACUUUCGUGCAUCUGACUUUUAUGCAGUUUACAUUCACUGUAAUUUCAUUGAUUUUUCAUUUAUUUUGGUUGUUCUUGUAAUUAAUAACACAACAUUAUCUUCCGCUACUGUUUGCAUUUGGUGGUCUACUCGUGACAACAAAUCAAUUAAUUGUAUUUAUUUUAUUUGAGAAAGUGCAGGAAACAGCAGUUGUUUAAUGACGGACAGACGAGUUUUCAAGUAGAGUUCAUUAAUCAUGAUAUAAACUUUAUAUUAUGAAAUCCUUUAUUGAGACCCAAGUUGUUUGCAAAGCUUAUGUUCCACUUGUAAGUGUUCGUUCAUUUUUUAUUAAGAAUGAUUAGUAUACAUAUAGGUAUACGAAAGAAGUGACUAUUUCAGAUAGUUUAAACAUAUUCAUUCAGCUCAUAUAUACAAAAAUAACAGUACAGCAAUAGUAAGAUGAAAUGGAUUGGAAAACAAGCAAUGUUUUUGCUUAUACUAAUUCCUUUCCAUGUAGCAGUGUACAGUUAGGAAUUUCAUAGAUUUCAUACUAUUUCAGUUAUAUGAGAUUGACGUUGUUUUUACAUACAUGUAGCUUCACCUUUGUACUUUACCCGUGCACCUGUACGGAAACACCUGCAUUCACAUCAGUAGUACAUACAUGUAGCUUAACCUUUGUACCUUACCCAUGCACCUCUACGGAAACACCUGCAUUCACAUCAGUAGUACAUACAUGUAGCUUUACCUUUGUACCUUACCCGUGCACCUGUACGGAGACAACUGCAUUCACAUCAGUAGUACAUACAUGUAGCUUCA